AUCUUGUAGAGCUUUUCACGGCGCAUCGAAUGAUAUAUUGCACUAGGCUUAAUGUUAGAUGGUUAUAGAGAAAUUUUGAUUUUACAGUUAUACUGUUGGUGCUAAAUCGUUGCUUGUUUUCGAGUCGGUUAUAUUCGACUGAAAGCACUCGAAAGGAUCGGAAUCAUCAAAUAUGAUGAUCGGAUGUGAUUCUGAUGAGUUUCGUACUGAUUGGAGGGACUAAAGUUAGUGGGCCGAUUUCCCGUGUUAUGUGGACUUAACCUUUAAUAAAACAUCUCUUCUGUAGGUACGGUGUAUCAGCCGAUAUUAUCGUAUACACAUGGUGCAAGCGUAGUUCCUUUAUUAGGUGAAACUAUUGGUGAAAAGUUGCGUAAAACUGCUGAGAAAUUUCCUCAGCAUGAUGCAUUGAUUUCUGUUUCGCAAAAUUAUCAAAUGAAAUACAAACAAUUUUGGCAACAAAUAACAUUGGUGGCUAAAAGUCUGAUUUGUAAUGAAAUAGAAAAAGGUGAUAGAAUUGGUAUUAUAUCACCAAAUUGUUUUCAAUGGGUUAUUUUACAAUAUGCAAUAGCACGUAUUGGUGCAAUUUUGGUCUGUAUUAAUCCACGUCUUUUAGGUAAUGAACUUGAAUAUCUUCUAAAUUUAUCAAGUGUAAAAAUGAUAAUUGCAAUAAAUAAAAUCAGAGAUAUUAAUUAUAAACAAAUUUUGAAUGAAAUUCAUAUUCGGUGUUCUCAUUUAAAAAAAAUUCUUAUAUUAGAAGAUGAUUGGAAUAUGUUAAUAAAAUCCGGAGAAAAUAUUUCAGAUGAACAACUUCUUACAGCAGAAGAUGGUGUACAGUUUGAUGAUCCAGUUAAUAUCCAGUACACGUCAGGUACAACAGGUCCGCCGAAAGCAGUUUUAUUAUCGCACCACAAUAUUUUAAACAGCGCGUAUUUUGCGGCAAAAAGACUAGGUUAUACGGAGAAUGAUCGUGUUUGUAUUCCAGUCCCAUUUUUUCAUUGUUUUGGUAUGGUUCAUGGUAACUUAGCUUGUACAUUAACGGGCUCUUGCAUUGUUAUUCCAAAUGAAAUAUUCGAUGCGGAAAAAGUUCUGGAAACAGUUGAGCAAGAAAAAUGUACUUCAUUAUAUGGUGUACCAUCAAUGUUUAUUGCGGAAAUGGAACAUCCGAACUUUAAUAAGUACGACUUGAGCUCAUUAAGAACAGGUAUCAUAGGUGGUUCCACAUUUGACAUUGAAACAGUCAAGCAAAUACAAAACAAAAUGAAUAUAAAACAAAUAACAAUAGGCUAUGGUAUGACCGAAGCAUCACCAGGUAUAAGUCACACGUUUACCAACGAUGAUUUAGAAAGAAAGAUAACUGUUGGGAAAGCACUAGAUCAUAUAGAAAUAAAAAUUAUUGAUCUUAGUACAGGUAAAAUUGUUCCUAGAGGUGAAACAGGUGAGUUAUGCACUAGAGGUUAUCAUGUAAUGAUUGGUUAUUAUAAUAAUAAAGAAGAAACAGAAAAGGUGAUUGAUCAAACACGUUGGAUGCAUACUGGCGAUUUAGCUAUUAUGGAUGAUCAAGACUAUAUUCGGAUUGUUGGACGUGCCAAAGAUAUGAUUAUCAGAGGUGGUGAAAAUAUUUAUCCCAAAGAAAUAGAACAAUAUUUAUCCAAAUAUCCAGCUAUACGUGACAUUCAAGUUAUUGGAGUUCCAAGCAGAAUGUAUGGUGAAGAAAUAAUGGCAUGGGUUCAGUUAAAACCGGAUGCACAAGGCAUAACUGAGAAAGAACUUAUGGAUUAUUGCAAAAAUAAUAUUUCAUCGCAUAAAAUUCCAAAAUAUUGGAAAUUUGUGAAAGAUUUUCCAUUGACAAAUAUGGGAAAGGUCCAUAAAGCCGAAAUGCGAAAAAUUUCUAUUCGUGAAUUAAACAUUAAAUAA